AGUUGUAAAAAAAAAACUAUACUCGUGUAACUUAAAAAGAAAAAAAAAUUGUCUGCAUUUUAUAAGAUAGAUAUUUAAACCUAUAUCCUCUUCCAUGUGCGCUCUUUAAUUUAUAAUUUCUGAAAAAUAGGAAAAGAGAAAUUCUGCAUAAUCUCAUACCUCCAAUGGAAAUAUUAAAUCUGCCCCAAGUGACUGCUGGAAUAGUGUGCAAAAUUUAUACUUCUCCUGCGCUAACAGAAAUUGGUGAAAUUGAAAUCAUUUUGAAAUUCUUUUAUUCCGAGUAAAAAUAUCCUUUGGGUUUUUAGUAUAGGACGUUGCCUGGAACGUGUCGGUCGUUGUCGUUAUACUUUCUCCUGUUUUCUAUCUCCGUAACACUAUUAAUCAACAAUUUGUUAGUUACCUCUAUUUAAAUAAAAAUAAUUUUAAUUUAAUUUAUUUUUUCGAAAAUUUUAUUUUAACUCUCAUGAGCCAAAAAUCGUGCAUUUUUUAUUAAAAAAUUUCAAAACAAAAAAGUUAUCAACAUCCUUCGAAACAUCAAACGAAAACCAAACUGGAUUACGAACACGGAAGCAAGAAUAAAAAAAAAAAAUGUAAUGGAUGUGAUAGCAAAAAUUUGUGCAUACAUAAGCAGUACGAGAUUUAUUGUGAACAACCAGUGAAUUUUUUCUUACUCUAUUAAUUUUGUCCUUAAAAAUCCUUACCGAAGAAAGUGUAGCUAAAAAAAGAGGAAUACAAAAAAAUUAAUCUCAUAAAAGUUAUUAUAAUUUUUUUUAACAAAAAGUGGUGCAGUAGAAAGAAUAGAAUUACAAAAAUAAAAAAAUGCUUUGUUAUGAUUUUGUCACUUGCUCAUGAAAGUUAUGCUUCAUGAAAAUUUGUAAUCUGUGCGGCAUCACCGAAGGAUACAAAGCAAACAUCAGCACUUGUUUUUUUUCAUAUAUAGUUACACUAACUUAUAAAAUUAAUCAAAAAUGAAGGAAAGAUACCACUUUAAAAUGGAAAUCUUAAAAAAUAAGACACAGCGCUAUGCAAACAACAUCAACAAUUACAGAAACAGCAAUUGCACCAAAAACAACAACAAUAACAACAGCAACAACACCAUUCAAUAUGUAUUUGAAUAUUUUAUAAACUACCCCUUGAAGAAUAAAAAUACACCAACGUAGUUGAUACAUGAACAAAAUUCGUUGCGCAUGAAAUCGUUUCAACUGGAUCUUAGCUGACAGGUUGCGGUCACAAAGGUUUCACGGAUUUUAAAGAAGGCACUAAGUAACUUAAAAUCAGAAGAUACUAAGAGGCCAACAAAUCUUUGCGUCAGAAUCCCUUUUCUCACUAACUUUUACUAUCAACUUUAGAAAUAAUAAAAUAAAAAAAAAAAUUAAAAAAAAAAAUAAACAAACUAUACACUCUUGUCAAAAAUGUUCUACCUAAAAACCAUUAUAAUGAACUUACUACAAAAACCAUUACAUGCCCUCUGCUGGAUUUUAUUAGGAUUUGGAUCAUUACCCGUGCUUCCUGUUUGCUUUGCUGGGCCACAUGAAAAAAGAUUACUCCAUCAGCUGCUGGACAGUUAUAACAGUUUGGAGCGUCCAGUUGUCAACGAAUCCGAUCCAUUGCAGUUGAGUUUUGGAUUGACGCUUAUGCAAAUUAUAGAUGUCGAUGAAAAAAAUCAACUAUUAAUUACAAACAUUUGGCUUAAGCUGGAAUGGAAUGACAUGAAUCUAAGAUGGAACUCUAGUGAAUUUGGAGGAGUACGAGACUUACGUAUACCACCCCAUCGCUUAUGGAAACCAGAUGUCCUUAUGUACAACAGCGCUGAUGAAGGUUUCGAUGGGACGUACGCCACCAACGUUGUUGUUCGAAAUAAUGGUUCGUGCCUUUAUGUGCCGCCGGGUAUAUUCAAAUCAACGUGCAAAAUUGAUAUCACCUGGUUUCCUUUCGAUGAUCAGCGAUGUGAAAUGAAAUUUGGUUCAUGGACGUACGAUGGAUUUCAGCUCGAUUUACAGCUACAGGACGAAGCUGGAGGCGAUAUAUCCAGUUUCAUAACAAAUGGUGAAUGGGAUCUAUUAGGUGUGCCAGGAAAACGAAAUGAAAUCUACUAUAAUUGCUGCCCUGAACCUUAUAUUGAUAUAACAUUCGCCAUAUUGAUUCGACGCAAAACUCUUUACUAUUUUUUCAAUUUAAUUGUGCCGUGUGUACUAAUUGCUUCAAUGGCACUUCUAGGUUUUACACUGCCACCAGAUUCUGGUGAGAAGCUCUCACUUGGAGUUACAAUUUUGUUGUCACUGACAGUCUUCCUUAACAUGGUGGCUGAAACUAUGCCAGCCACAUCUGAUGCAGUGCCUCUACUAGGAACUUAUUUCAAUUGCAUUAUGUUUAUGGUGGCCUCAUCAGUUGUGUCAACCAUACUUAUCCUCAAUUAUCAUCAUAGAAAUCCAGAUACGCAUGAAAUGAGUGAAUGGAUUCGAGUUAUAUUCCUGUAUUGGUUGCCUUGUAUAUUACGAAUGCAAAGACCGGGACAAGUGGGUUACGAAUGUCCACCGCCUCCGUCGAGCUCGUCUUCGGAUAAAAAACAACAAAUGCAAAAUGUUGAACUUAAGGAAAGAUCCUCGAAAUCUUUGCUGGCAAAUGUUUUGGAUAUCGAUGAUGAUUUUCGAUGCAAUCAUAGAUGUUCCAGUGCUACGAUACCACACCAACAGGCUUACUACCGAGCUGUAUACAGACAAGGUGACGAUGGAAGUGUAGGUCCAGUAGGAGAAAGUAGAAUCCACGAAGCUAUCUCCCAUACUUGUUUGAGUUCAUCAGCAGAAUACGAACUGGCGCUUAUUCUUAAAGAACUUCGAUGGAUAACAGAUCAGUUGAAAAAAGAAGAUGAAACUGGCGAUGUAACGCGUGAUUGGAAAUUUGCUGCAAUGGUAGUCGACCGCCUGUGCCUUAUAAUUUUCACGCUGUUUACAAUAAUCGCAACACUAGCUGUAUUGUUUUCUGCUCCACAUUUCAUUUUUUAAGUUAACAAAAAUUACUCCACAUAAGCAAAAUAGGAAAAUGUUCAAAUAACAAAUUAUAAAUUUUGUUAUUAGAUUGUGCCUAGAGUUAUUAUAAACACAAAAAAUAUAUUUCUGUAAUAAAGUUAAUAAUUUUUUCUUUAAGGUACCUACCUAUAUCACCUUUUUUUUUCUUAUUUCUUUAUUAAGUUUAAACGAAAAAAAAAGUGUAAUUAUAAUUUUAAAUGAUAACGAAAUAAUGAAAUGAAAAAAAAAAAAACAUAAAACAUGGUUGGUGCUGUGAUAACGGACAAUUGUUAAAAAAUAAAUUAAAUGUUAUGAAAUUAAUUUUACAAUAUAAUUGAAAAUUCUGUUUGUUGUUUUUUUUAUAAAAAAGAUAAAAAACGCAUAAAUGUAUCAUUUAUCUGCUUUUUGAUAUAAUUUUAAUCAUGCAUUAAAAAAAAAACAAAAAUAAAUGAAUAUAUUAAUCGCAAUUAGUAAACACUUUUAAAUAAACUAUUUACAAAUUUAACAACAACAAAAAGAAAAAAACAACAACAACAAAAAACGUAUUUAUAAGCCAAUUAAUAAAAAUUAACAUUUAAACAAAAAAAAUUACAUUGAUGAAAAUUCAUAUUUAAACAAAAAAUAUAAUAAACAAAAAAUUAACAUAACCUAAAAGUUAACUAUUUUAAUUAAACAACCAAAAAAAAAAAACGAAAUAAUAUAAAAAUAAAUACGUACAUUGAUUUCUUUGGUAAGCACUAAGAUUUAGUGUUUCCAAGAUGAUUAAACAAAACAAAAAAUAAAUAAAUAAAAUAUAUAUAUGUAGAUAAUUAUUAUGAUUUACUAUAAACAAAUUGGAUUAAAAAUACUUUUACAAACAAAAUGGGAUAAUCGAAAUUAAUGACAAAUACCCUUAACUACGGAAUUUGAUAGUUUAAAACAAAAUUUAAAUAAAAGCAAUGUAUCAUUUUACAAAGCAAUAAAAACGAAUAAAACAAAACAAAAAAAACACAAAUAUCAUUAAAAUAUUAAGUAGUGUAGUUAACAUCUUCUAUAAACAAAUUGUUAUGAAUAAUUUAUCAAUUAUUCGAAUUGCGGUUAAAGGGAUAUCAUAAUCAUAAGAAAACUUUUAUCAUAACCCAAAAUAAAAUUUAAAAAAAAAUUAAAACAAAAAAAAACGACUAAAUUUGGCAAAUAAAAAAUGGUACAAAAAUGCUCUUUAAAAAUGUUAUUUUGAUUAUGAUCUUUUUAUUUGAAAAUCAGAAGUUUUUUUAUUCAUUUUUUAGUUGGUGUCAAUUUUGUGUGUCAAGCGUUUUAAAAUUUAUGAUUUCCUUGUAGCUUUUGUACUUAUAGAGCUUCCGACUCAAUGAGACGGGCACCUUUUCGUCUUUUACGAACCGCAAUUUCAAUUUUCGUUGUUUUUAAAAAACAAUCAAAGUCACAACCUCGUCUGAGAACAUUCAAUGCGUCAAAAGAUCAUUGCCUACUAAGUGCUAAAAAACGAUUUUUUUUUGAAAAUAGUAAAUAUGUAGAUACAUUUUCACCAAAAUUGAGAGUUUCGAUUAAUCUCAGAUGCUAAAUCAUAUGUCUCCGAUAAAAUCCCCGAUAAGAUUUUAAACCUUCCUCCCAACUUCCCUUACUACCAGGAGGAAAUAUAUCUUUAUUUAUACUAUACAUAUUAGUAUUAAUAUACAUAACAAAGGUCUUGUUUUGCUUAGAAGCUAAAAUAAUUCAAAUGAAAUUCAAAUUUCAAAUUUACUUAUUUAAACUUUCGUCGAAACGGAAUGAAAAAUGCAAAGAAAAUUUUCCAAUGCCUUGUCUAUUAGAUUUAUCCUAUUCAUUUUGCCUAAAUGGCUGAUGAGUUGAAUCGAGGUGAAUUGAACUUCUUGGAUUAUUAAUUUCAAUAUGCUUCGAGUUACUCAACGGAAGCAGUAGAGUUGUAAUGCAUCAUUACCAAAUAUAUCGAUCAUUAAAAUAUAUUUUUGGUCUUCGUAAAAUAAUCAUUAUUUAUAGCCUAUAAUAUUUACUAACUUAAAUGUUAAAAUUUAUUUCGAGUUUUAUGAGUUUCUGUUGAAUUUUAAAUGUAUUAAAUCAAUUCUUUAAUUGAAACCUUAUUCUUUUCACAUUAAGCUGAUAUUUAAAGCUAAUCAUAAUCCCUAAAUCUUAAAAAUAAACCGCAUCUUGAAUAUUUAUUGAUAGAUACUUUUUGCAUCCCCAAAAUCGACAUCCAUAGAUCCAUUCAUAUAAAAAUAAUAAAUACGAAUAUAUUUGUACAACAAAAUAAGCUAAAUACAUAAAUAUUAUAAACAUAAAUAAUAAAUUUAACAAAAACAAAAAUUAAAACACAUAAUAACGAUAACAUAAAGUUGUAAGCUAAAAUUAACAUUUAAAAUAUAUAGAUAAAAUAUUAAACAAAAAAAUAAAUACAAAAUAAAAAAAAAAAAAACAAACACAAAAUCAAAUGUUAUCAGCCGUUAAACAUUUUAUAACGAAUCAAACAUAUGUUAUGGUUGAAAACAUUAUGUCAUAUUGACAUAAAUAUUGUUAGUCACUAAAAAUUAAUAAACAAAAAAAAAAAAUCAACAACAAACAUACAUACACUAAAAUAAAAUCCAAUACAUGAGUCGUGUGAAUACUCAUAGAUUUCUAAGUCAGAGUUUUUGAAUUUCGAUUGCGUCUAUACAAAGUGUUGUAUUGUAGUCUUGAGAUAACAUUUUUUGGGCGUACUUUUGACGUAUAAGAUGACAUACCCAGGUUUGGUGGUAUAUAGAUAUAAAUUAAAAAAUAAAAAUAUAAGAUUAUUGUCUUCCUUGCUUAAUACAGGAAAAUUAUAUUCCACUUAAGAAUAUAUUUUGAUAUAGUUUAUUUUCAAUAAAAAAUAUUUUUUGAUUUUAUUAUUGUUUUGAUUUUUUUGUAUCUAUUAAAUUAUUAAAUUUAUUAUUUUUAUGUCCUAUAUAGCAAAAACAAAAAACCAUAAAUAAUUUUUUGAAAUUAAAACACUCAGGAGAAAGAAAUAAACAAAAAAAAAAUUAUAGCUUUAAGUGAGCUCUCGAAUUAACAAACAUAAAAAAAAAUCACAAAAAUCAAUAAGAUGUUUUUAUUUCAAAUGAAUGCAUACUUAAUAAAAAUAAAUAAACUAUAAACUUGUUCAUGAUUUUUCUGAAAAUUAAAAAAAAAAAAGAAAAAGCAAUAUGAAUAUGAAUUCAAACUUUGAAGCAACACAAAUAAACAAAAAAAUCAAACUAAAAAUGCAAAUCCGACAUCUAUUGUGCACAAAAAAAAAAAAAAAAUACUCUUAACAAAAAAUUGCAAAAAAAAAACCAAAACAACCUAAAAGUUUACGAAUAAGCAUUAGUUGCAAUAUUUUAGGAACACAAAUUAGCACUGUUUUUGAAAUAAAUUUGAGAUAUAGUUAAUUUCUCAAGUUCUGUGGCUUCAUGUUCUUAAAAUUCAAAAAUAAUUUUAAAUAAACCAUACAACACACAAAUACACACACCCACACAAUCUGAGGUUACUUAAAAAAAAAAAAAUCUAUAACAACUUAUAAGAAAUGACACAGAAAACUGCCAACAAGCAA